CCAUUGCCUCGUGCCCGCGCCGGUCGGUUGGUGGCGCCUUUGUCCUACGGCGGGCAGGUGGGCUGAGGCGGAGGCGGCAGCGGCGGGCCUAAGGCGAAGAAGCGGCCGGGAGCCCGCCCCGCUGGUAGCGAGCCCGUGUGCCACAACUGCUGAGCCCACAUGCCACAACUACCGAAGCCUGCGCACCUAGAGCCCGUGCUCCGCAACAAGAGAAGCCACUGCAAUGAGAAGCCCGCGCACCGCAACAAUGCAGCCAAAAAUAUUAAUAAGGCAGCGGAAAGAAGAAAUAUGAAUACGGCUCCAUCAAGACCCAGCCCCACACGAAGGGAUCCAUAUGGCUUUGGAGACAGCCGAGAUACAAGACGCGAUCGAUCCCCCAUUCGAGGAAGUCCAAGAAGAGAGCCCAGGGAUGGCAGAAAUGGCCGGGAUGCUCGAGAUAGCAGAGACAUGCGAGACCCCCGAGAUUUGCGGGACCACAGAGAGAGCAGAGACAUUCGGGAUCACAGAGACAGCAGAAGUAUGCGUGAUGCUCGGGACAUGAGGGAUCCUAGAGACUUUCGUGACCUAAGAGACUCUAGGGAUUUUCGAGAUCACCGGGACCCCAUGUACGACAACAGAUACAGAGAUAUGAGAGACUCCCGAGAUCCCAUGUACAGGAGAGAAGGCUCUUACGACCGAUACCUGCGAAUGGAUGACUAUUGCAGGAGGAAGGAUGACUCUUACUUUGAUCGUUACAGAGAUAGCUUUGAUGGACGAGGCCCUCCAGGCCCAGAAAGUCAGUCUCGUGCAAAAGAGCGUUUGAAACGUGAGGAACGGCGUAGAGAAGAGCUUUAUCGUCAGUAUUUUGAGGAAAUCCAGAGACGCUUUGAUGCUGAGAGGCCUGUUGAUUGUUCUGUGAUUGUGGUCAACAAGCAGACUAAAGAUUAUGCUGAAUCUGUGGGGCGGAAGGUUCGAGACCUAGGCAUGGUAGUGGACUUGAUCUUCCUCAACACAGAGGUGUCACUGUCACAAGCCUUGGAGGAUGUUAGCAGGGGAGGGUCUCCCUUUGCUAUUGUCAUCACCCAGCAACACCAGAUUCACCGCUCCUGUACAGUCAACAUCAUGUUUGGAACCCCACAAGAGCAUCGCAACAUGCCCCAGGCAGAUGCCAUGGUGCUGGUGGCCAGAAAUUAUGAGCGCUAUAAGAACGAGUGCCGGGAGAAGGAACGCGAGGAGAUUGCCAGACAGGCGGCCAAGAUGGCCGAUGAAGCCCUCCUCCAGGAAAGAGAGCGGGGAGGCCCUGAGGAGGGACUGCGCGGGGGGCACCCUCCAGCCAUCCAGAGCCUCAUCAACCUGCUGGCCGACAACAGGUACCUCACUGCUGAAGAGACUGACAAGAUCAUCAACUACCUUCGAGAGCGGAAGGAGCGGCUGAUGAGGAGCAGCGCCGACUCUCUGCCUGGCCCGAUUUCCCGUCAGCCACUCGGGGCGACCUCGGGUGCCUCGCUGAAGACACAGCCAAGCUCCCAACCGCUCCAGAGCGGCCAAGUGCUCCCCUCUGCUACACCCACUCCAGCGGCACCCCCCACCUCCCAGCAAGAGCUUCAGGCCAAAAUCCUCAGCCUCUUCAAUAGUGGCACGGUUGCGGCCAAUAGCAGCUCUGCAUCCCCCUCAGUUGCUGCCGGAAACACCCAGAACCAGAAUUUUUCCAUAGCAGCGAACAGCCAGCCUCAGCAAAGAUCACAGGCCUCUGGCAGUCAGCCUCCAAACAUUUUGGGACAGGCAGGAUCUGCUCGGAACAUGGGCCCCAGGCCUGGGGCUCCUUCCCAAGGGCUCUUUGGCCAGCCUUCCACUCGCCUGGCACCCGCCAGCAACUUGGCUAGCCAGAGGCCCGUGUCUUCCACAGGUAUCAACUUUGACAAUCCAAGUGUACAGAAGGCUCUGGACACUCUGAUCCAGAGUGGCCCUGCUCUCUCCCACCUGGUUAGCCAGACCACAGCACAGGUGGGGCGGCCCCAGGCCCCCAUGGGAUCGUACCAGAGGCAUUACUGAGGCUAAAUCUCAACUACCCCUGGUCCCCUCUUCCUCUGGCCUCCCACCUAUUGCGUUCUAAAUAGAGUUAUUUGGAAGAUGUUCUCUGCACCUGUCAAGGCCCACAUCGAAUGUCAUAAGUUUCUACCAUCUGCUCUCUUCUGCCCAAGGCUAUGUUGCUUACCCCUUCCAGAGUCCGAGUUUAUACUGCACUGGAGGUGUAUUUUGGUGGUGGUGGGGUGGGGGUUUGGGGGGUUUUGUUUUUGUUUUUUUUGUGGGUUUUUUUGGUAGAAAGUAAAUAUCUCUGGGGUCAUGGGCAGUAUAGGUGUCUGGGCUCCAUUUGUAUUUCAGUUGUCUCUCUGUCAGCUGGACGUGGGGCGGGGAGGAAGAAGCAGCCGAGCCCCAGCUGGGUGAAUUUGGGGUAGCAUUUUCAUGUUGAGAGCCACUGCCUUUGUUCAUUCUGAACCUACCACGGGUGUCCAGCCUCGCACAGGCCCACCAGAGCUCGAGCUCCUGCCUGCAGCUCCUGUGUAGGGUUCCAGAGCAGCAGGUUGGGUUUGGUGGGCACGGUGUCCUCUUACCCCAUCCCACAUAAUGUGGGGUCUGCUUUGCUUUUUUUUUUUUUUUUUUUUCGGUAUGUGGGCCUCUCACUGCUGUGGCCUCUCCCGCUGCGAAGCACAGGCUCCGGACACGCAGGCCCAGCAGCCAUGGCUCACGGGCCCAGCCGCUCCGUGGCACGUGGGAUCCUCCUGGACCGGGGCACGAACCUGUGUCCCCUGCAUCGGCAGGCGGACUCCCAACCACUGCGCCACCAGGGAAGCCCUGGGGUCUGCUUUUGAGAACUCAGAAGCCGGCUGGCUACUCAGCUACUGGAGUUGUUGAGGAGUGGCCAAGCCGGCCGCUUUUCUGCCUGACCCAGGGUUGUUGGUUUUUGGUUUUCUCUUUUUGGCUUUUAUUUCAAUGAAAGAUCUCCCGUGGACUGCACAGCUCCAGUCACCAGCAGUUUAACACAAACUGUGAAUCUGGGCCCCAGCCACUCUUACCCCCUAAUAUUUCUGUUAGCCUCUCCCUCACCAGUGGUAGUUUCAUGGAAUCGGCUCUGAGAAGGCAACUCUAGACUCUGGCAGUGAACACCCAUUUUUUUCAGUGAUUGCUUUGAGCGUUUGGCUCAAAAAUCAGGCUCUUGUUCUGUUUUCUAAGCAGCAGGAGAUAGGGACCAUUUUGAUGUCAGACUUUUGGUAGCUGGACAUGUUCUUGAUACAGGAGGCUGUUAUAACUUUUGAGCCAGAGUAAAGAUACUAGAGGGAGGCCUUCUGGCUGCUGCUCUACAUGGAAACAAAGGAAGCUGCCCUCUCCCUAGGGAUGGUGCUCAUUAGAGCCUUGUGGAUCAGUCUCAAGGGGCCCCUGGCAGAAACGAGGGAGAGCAGUGACUUCACCUGAGUCCCUGCCAGUGGCUGAGUAAACAGUGGUUUCAAAAACUCAAGGUCCCCAGAUGGCAGCAUUUUAUGUUCUGACCUGUUUGUGUUAUAUAGUGUUUUUUUCCUCUUUGGAACUUUUGUGUUGUUAAUAAGA